AAUCCUUAGUUGAACUUACUAAGAAUUCAUCCGCAAAUAAAGUAGAACUGACAGGUUAUCGAGGAAGGUUUUUGAAUGAAUAUGAUGUAAUAACUUGCGAUGGAUUUCUGCUAUCCACGUUUAGAAUGACCUAUGAGAACCCGGAAGUAGAGCGUACAGAAAAAUGUCCCGUUUUACUGGUCCACGGUCUGUUUCAGUCUUCUGACACGUUUUUUGAACAAGAUGCAGAUCAGUCUUUAGCACUAAAACUUCAAAAUAUGGGAUACGAUGUUUGGCUAGCUAAUACGCGUACCAGCAAAUACAAUCGAGUGCACCUGUUUUACGAUCCAGAAUUAAAUAAACACGAUAUAAACCGUUAUUAUAGCUAUACUUACGAAGAAAUAGGCACUCGUGACAUCGCUUCUACUGUAGAUUUUGUUCUGAGUGUGACUAAACAUAAGAAAUUGAUAUAUAUAGGUCAUUCGCUAGGUGGUACAUCCUUUUUAGCUUUGAAUUCUUUAAAACCAGACUAUAAUCGUAAAUUUGCAACGGCUUAUUUAUUUGCGCCAUUUGGAUACCAGAGUCAUAUCCCUAAUGAUAUACUUAAAAAAGAGGCGCAACACACAGAUGAAAUAUUUAAUGCAAUUGCUAAAGAAGGAAUACGAGAAAUAUUUCCAUAUAAGGACGAUAAGGCACUGUUCUCGCCGGAAGAUUGCCUGGGCAACAAGAAAUACAGCAAUAUUUGCAAUCAAUUGAAUUUACAAAAAGUUAUGGGACUAAAAUCUGUCGACAACAAUGUAGAUAAAACAAGGGGUGGUUCUCUAGGACCAUUUUUUCAUUUGGCACAAAACGUCAAAUCAGGAUCCUUUCAACGGUGGGACGGCGGAGAGUUACAAAAUUUAAAACGAUACAGAAACAAAACACCUCCCAUUUACGAUUUAAGUCUUGUCACUGUUCCAACCAAAAUAAUAUACGCACCUAACGAUGAAUUUGUGAGUCCUAUAGACAUCGCUCAUAUGGUUAAAGACAUGACGGCUGCUGAGGCUGUUCAAGUUAAACGAACUAGUUUUAAACAUGAAGAUUUCAUUAUGGGUUCUGAUGCCAUGGAGAAUGUGUAUCUUAGCAUUGUUGAAGAAAUAGAAAGGAGUCCAGACCUUUGUAAGGACGAUGACAUUGGUAACGCCAUCUCAAAUUUGUUCAAACUUUUGUUAGAAAACAAGUGGUUCUGGAUUCUUCUUUUUAUAAUCCUUUUAGUCAUUUUAAUAGUCUGCUUUUGUCUCUGUAAUAAAAAAGACCGCAAAAGAGCCGACGGUAGAGAGUGUAGAAUUCAUCUAAGGCGCGCAUUAUGAAGGAACAGUAACCAUUUAUAAGGAAAAAUGAAGAUUAAUAAAAGUUUAGGCACUUGGUUCUGUAUGGUGGCGAAACCAUGAAAAUCCACAACGUCUAGUAGGGACAUGGACAUCCCGAGUUACUUUGUCAGAUGAUCUGACUCUUCAACGAUUUUUAAUGACAGUAAAAAAUAUAAUGAAACCAAAAUUAUCGUGUUUGAUUGCUUCAACUCUAAGACGACGCUACAUACGCUAGGUGUUCUCACAAAUCACAUUUAUCUUUUAUUAAGUUUCUAGUUUUGAAGUCAAUUGCUGCUUCAUAAAACAAUAAGUAGGUUGCAAAAACCAUACUAAAAAUCCGAUCUCUUAUUUUAAAAUACUACAUAACCUUAAUGAUACGAAAUGGCUAUAGAUAUUUUCAAUUUAUAUAAUACUCGAAUUACAUUGUAAUUUAGCACCUGUUCUGGCUUUACUGUCACCUAUCUCUACGCUGAAACCAAGUUACGAAUUUGUUACGGACAUCUGUUUUGGCAGUAAAAUGUUUACUUCGUUGCAAGCCGGACUGUAGUAAAGUUUGCCAGUAAAAUUUAUUGGACCUUAACAUCGUUGUUACUCCAUAGUUGUUGCAAUCCUUGAAUGCGUGAUAGGGUUUUUACUGCUUAAGUUUACUCUACAACGCUUAAAAGCAGUAAAACCUAUUGGAUUUAAUGUUCUCUUCUUAAGUUACGU